AGCCAUUCCACCGAGCGACUCGAGAUAACUUAUCGAGGCUCAUCCCACCGACAAGGAACAGAGUACAGAAGCCAUCCACCAAUAUCAACCCCACGAUAUGGGCUCAAUCAGCGCCAUGGUUGAACAGGACGUUCAGCCGUCAGACUGGCAGACAAAGGUCGCUCAAAAGCGACAGCAGUGUCGUGAAGCCAUUCCACGGGAGUGGCAGCUGUCCCCCGAGAUCUCCAAAAUGCUGGCUUUCCCGCUGGAUAAGAACCCAAACAGGCUCUUUGACAUGGACAUAGUCAAGAAGUCAGGCAUCCUGUCCGAGCGUGAAAUAUCAAUCACCGAAGACUACACGGUGCCGGAGCUGCUAGCCAAGCUUGCCUCUGGGGAGUCCACUUCUGUCGAAGUUACAACUGCAUUCUCGAAAAGGGCUGCAAUCGCCCAACAACUGACAUCAUGUCUGACGGAGACAUUCUUCGAGCUGGCACUCCAACGGGCAAAGUAUGUCGAUCAAUGCAGGAGUGAGGGAAAGGUGCUUGGGCCCUUGCACGGCCUUCCCAUCAGCCUCAAGGACUCCUUCCAGGUAGCCGGCACCGAGGCUUCAAUCGGUUUCGUCUCGUUCCUAGGGAAGAAAUCCGAACAGAAUUCGCCAAUCGUCGACAUUCUGCUCAGCUUGGGUGCCGUACCCUAUGUGAAAACGAACAUCCCUCAGACGCUGAUGACGGCGGACUCUGACAACAAUGUCUUUGGCCGAGUCUUAAACCCUCACAAUACAUCUCUAGGCGCCGGAGGUUCCAGUGGGGGAGAGGGAGCCUUGAUUGCUUUUCGAGGAUCCCCUCUUGGUAUCGGAACUGAUGUUGGUGGUUCAAUCCGCAUUCCGGCAUUGUGUUGUGGUACCUAUGGCUUCAAACCAACAUCUUCCCGGGUUCCGUAUGGGGGCCAAGCGACACCCGGUUUGCCAGGGUGGAAGCCCAUCCUGGCCUGCGCAGGACCUCUAGCGAGCGACUUUGAAGCCUUGGAGAUUUUGACCAAAGCAAUCAUAGACGCAGUGCCCGCCACGUUUGACUCAACCGCCAUUGACGUCCCCUGGCGCCGGCUCGAACAAGAUGCUGGAGCCAAGCUCAGGAUCGGAGUUCUGGCUGAAGACCCUCUUUAUCCACUCCAUCCACCAGUGAAGCGAGCGCUUGCUGAAGCUGCUAAGAAAUUGGAAGACCAAGGUCAUCAAGUGAUUCAGCUAAGCCCAGAGCAAGGCCAUGUGGCUGAUUCCACUGAGGUGGCAUGCGAGCUAUUCACGCUCGAGACAGAGACACCACGAGGACAUAUCCUUGCAAGCGGAGAGCCACCGGUGCCCUCCGUGGCGGCGGGACAUCGACCGGCCAAUUUUGGAAGCUACAAGUGUGUUCCGGAUAUUGGCAAGUUGGAAAAGCUGCAGAAAUAUGCAGCUUUGACCGUCAAGCGUCAGGAGCUCUCCGAGGACUGGCGGAAGAUAUGGUCGGAAAUGAAACUGGAUGCGGUCAUUAGCCCCCCUGCCCAAAACACUGCUGUGCCUCACGACACAUAUGGUUGGCCACCAUACACCGUUCUCCUCAACCUACUUGACUACCCGGCUUGUAUAUUGCCCUUUUCGAAAUCGUUGCAGGAACAGGAUUCUGAGCCGCUCCAAAUCCAGCCAGGACAAGCUGGCCCUCAUUAUGAUCCAGGGACACAGCAUGGAGCCCCGUGCUCAAUCCAGAUAUUCACGAGUCGUAUGCGCGACGAGGAGUGCAUCAGAGCAGCUCGCAUCAUUGAAAAAUGCCUGAGGUGACGAGCCCGGUAGAACAACAGUUCAUGUUGCAUCUGCGAAGUCGGGAGAUACCAUCGUACUAGCCAUUCUCUGCUACUAGGAAGCCUGCUCCUAAACCAUCCUUUUGGACGAGCGCGAUGAGUCCGUCGUACUCAACUUCCUCGCCGGCAGCCCCUGUAUCGGCCGA